UUAACUGACGCCACAGCGCCACUUUUGAGCGCUCCUUCACGUCGUCAACAAUAACAGAGGUUGUCAAACACAACCGAGACAACGCAGCAACUAACCACGCCGCCUGCAGUCAUAUGUGGAAGCCCCUAGGUCUAACAUGGUUCAGGAUAGUGUUCACAUUCGGCGGCGGGGCGCCCAGGACUUCAUGGCAUUCUAUGACCAGGCCUGUGCGAGACAGGAGUCGGUCCCUCUCCCGGCUGUUAAGAUGAACCUCGACAAAGGGAUGCUCGACUUUAAUGGAGACAGGGUCAAACUCACAGACUGGCCUCCCAUCCUCAGCUCCAUCUGCAUCAACAAGCACAUCCACCACAUUGCAAUAAGUAGCACACACCAAGCUAGUCUGUCAUUUGGAGACACAGUUUCAGAUAGAAGGUACUAUAAGUCUAGCUUCCGGAAGAGGAUCCCAGCCAUUCGCUCUAAGGACAUGACAUUUAAGUUGUGCAAGGCCCUGAGAGAGUGUCUGACUGUCUCUUCCAACCUCAAGACUCUGCAGCUCAAUGGACUUCCACUAAGGGAACGGGACCUCAUCACCUUAACAAAGGGUUUUUCAAAAAGUGUUUCCUUGGAAAACCUAUCUCUUGCUAACUGUCCAAUCUCUGAUGAGGGCUUAGAGGUCAUCUGCCAAAGUGUGAAGUAUUCCAAGAGCAUCAGGACGGUCGAUUUCACAGGAUGCAAUCUCACGUGGAGAGGGGCAGAGCAUAUGGCCAACAUCAUCAAGCACCAGGGAAUGCAGAGGCAUGGUACUGCAUGGGCAGAGUCUCUGAGGUAUCGAAAGCCACAGUUUGAGGGAAUGGGAGGUCUCCGCCGUGUCACCCUGAACUGUAACACAUUAAUCGGGGACCGGGGCGCCGCUGCUCUUGCACAUGAAAUGGCGGAGGACCUGUGGGUUAAAGCGUUGGACCUGCAGAGGUGCGGUCUGUCCAACGAAGGAGCUCGUCGUCUGCUGGAGGCCAUGAAAACUAAUACUGCUCUUUGUGUACUGGAUGUUCGGAGUAACCCUUUAAUUGACAAGGUCCUAAUCAAAACAAUUCUAGAGAAGGUUCUGAUGAAUGCUAACGGACAGUCAUCAGAGUACCACUGGAUCAAGCCUGCUGCCUCAGAAUCACAAAGAACUUCUGCACCAAAGAGGCGAGCUCUCCCUGGCACAGUCAAGGGAAAAACUGCUUUUAGGAUAGUCAUCUGGAGACAUGCCACUCGUAAAGGAACAGCCCCAGCAGGACGGAGCUCAGGUGAUGCUCAGACCCAGAAGCCCCAGUCCUGCUCCGGGUAUGUGCCCUGGCGUGCUGCUGCGCGAGCUGGACGCCAGAGAGGUAUGUCUCCGGGGGUCCGUGUGAUGGAUCAGAGCUUUCAGGGUGCAGCCACCGUGAAGGUUACCGUGGAGUCGGAUUCAGAGGGUCAGGAGGAAGAGGAAGACGACGAAGUCUCGGUGGAGGUGGAGCAGGGACCUCCCCCCUCCCUCGGCCCCCAGGAGGGGAUCACCGGGCGGAAGUUUGAACAUGUGCAGAUGGAGCUAAAAGAGUGUCGUCUGAGGCUGGCGGAGGAGCGCAGAGCCAGGCUGAAGGCUGAGUCACGACUCAUGGAGUACGAGUUGGAGAACGCCCGUCUUCGUGACAACAACCUCUCCCUGUCGGAGGCGCUCGCGGCCACCGCCUCUGCAUCCGCGCCGCCCGCUGUCAGCGCGCUCGAAGACGAAGCACUACUCGAGAGCAUUGAGAGCUCAUUUACUAAGUUCCAUGCUUUCCUGGAUCUCCUGAAGGAUGCUGGCCUCGGUCAGCUGGCUUCAAUGGCUGGAAUCGACAAGUCCGAUUUCCACCCUCCAGGUAGACCUCAGCUCUCUUCCACAGUGGGACCACAUUUGGACGGUGCGGCGUCGCUGACUGGCAGCGAGCAUCACAGUGUUCAGGGGAAGACUGCUGCGUCACCUUCAGUUGUCGGCGUCCCACCUGCUCUCCCAGGUGACACCGUCACUGCCGGACCCGCAUCCUCUGCCUGGGAGUUUUUGCGUGAAGACCGGCUUCCAUAUUCAGCCAUCACGCAGGCCUCUGCAGGCCGCGGUAUCGGUGGAGAAGAGGAACCCGAUAAAUAUUCACAGCUCGACAGCCAGCGCGACUCUGGUUCUGAGCGCAGCUUCCGUAGCCAGAAAUCCUUUAAUGUGAUUCCCUUCAGCAAAGCUUUUCCGACUGAGUGCAGCCGUCCCAAGAGCAGCCGCAGCAGCUCACACAGAAGCAACGGCUCCCACGGACGCAGCUACAACGGCAGCUACGCCCACGGUCAUUCCUCCCACAGCAGCGGGUCUCAUGGGGGGUUUUCCGUGAGAUCAAGUGCUAGCGACCUUACGAAUGACAAGGCGGGGUCGGGGAACAGGGGAAAGGGAAGGCUGGUGACGGUCGGUCAGGGAGAGACGCAAGGAAACGCCAACUCUGGGAGGGAGAUCAGCUCUCUGGGGGGGCAGUCGGAUGAUGAGUCUUUCUGACCCAUCGACCAGAGAAAUUGUUUUUGAAGUACAAAUUUAUUUUGAAAAUCUUUCGGACAAGAAGUCGUAGCAUUAAACGUCAUUUUAAAUAACGUUUUAAAUGUCCUACGGAUUGAGACAAAUGUGUCAAAAAAAUGUGAUGCUAUGUGUAUUUUUGUAGUAGAUUCCUGGAGAUUCCUUCAGUCGGAUCCUCCUUAUUUCAUGGUAGCUUUUUAUAGAAAAAAACUCUUUGGGGACUCCUUUUAUGUCUAACACAAUUUUUUUUUUUUGAUAAAUGUGUAAUAUGUCUGUCCCCUUCUACCUUUGCUCAAUGCCUUAAUAACUUUAUUUUAAAAGUUAUAAUAAACGUGUCAUGUAAUGCA